UGCGCCUGAGACUGUCAGAUAAAGCGGCGGGCGGGCGGGCGGCGAGCGCGGCCCGGGCCGGACAUGGCGGCGCUCUACGCCUGCACCAAGUGCCACCAGCGCUUCCCCUUCGAGGCGCUGUCUCAGGGGCAGCAGCUGUGCAAGGAAUGCCGGAUUGCUCACCCUGUUGUGAAGUGCACCUACUGUAGGACUGAGUACCAGCAGGAGAGUAAAACCAAUACAAUAUGCAAGAAGUGUGCUCAGAAUGUCCAGUUGUAUGGAACGCCUAAGCCUUGUCAGUACUGCAACAUAAUUGCAGCAUUUAUUGGGAAUAAAUGCCAACGCUGCACAAAUUCAGAGAAGAAGUAUGGACCCCCGUAUUCUUGCGAGCAAUGCAAGCAGCAGUGUGCAUUUGACAGGAAAGAUGAUCGAAAGAAGGUAGAUGGGAAGCUACUGUGCUGGUUGUGUACACUGUCGUACAAGCGUGUCCUUCAGAAGACCAAAGAGCAGAGGAAGCACCUGAGCAGCUCUUCUCGAGCCAGCCACCAGGAGAAGGAGCAGUACAGCCGCCUCAGUGGCGGCAGCCAUUACAACAGCCAGAAAACACUUUCUACAUCUUCAAUUCAAAAUGAAAUCCCAAAGAAAAAAUCCAAGUUUGAGUCAAUCACAACUAACGGAGACAGCUUUUCCCCAGACCUAGCUCUGGAUUCACCGGGCACUGACCACUUUGUCAUCAUUGCCCAGCUGAAGGAAGAGGUGGCCACUCUGAAAAAGAUGUUGCAUCAGAAGGAUCAGAUGAUCUUAGAGAAAGAGAAGAAGAUUACGGAGCUAAAGGCUGAUUUUCAGUACCAGGAGUCUCAGACGCGGGCCAAAAUGAACCAAAUGGAGAAAACCCAUAAGGAGGUCACAGAGCAACUGCAGGCCAAAAACCGAGAGCUUCUUAAACAAGCAGCUGCUUUGUCCAAGAGCAAGAAGUCUGAGAAGUCAGGCACCAUAACAUCUCCAUAAAGACCCCGAGAAGGCUCCCAGCGACGACAGCCCAUGCUCUGGGGUCAGGGUUGGCAAUCUGGCUGUGCUCUGGGAAUUGUGCUUUCUUACAAAAUCUCUAUGUCCUUACCGUUACCCUUCUCUGUGCGAAUGUAGUGGGCUGAAUGGAAACAGCUGGUUUGUGCCCUGCUAUGGCUGCAUGCUGAGUGUUUGGGCUUCAGACCCGCUCCUCCUCCUCCUCCUCCCCCUCCUCCCCCCUUCGUGCUCCGCCCUCUCUGUUUUAGUACUUUGUUUCUAUAGUGGUGACUACUCGGUGUUGUGUGCAGAGUCUCUGUCCACCCCACCCCUGCCAUCCCCAUGGGCAAGCAGUCUGUCAUCAGCUGUGCGUCACUGCCACCCUCUGGACCUUGAAAACUGCCACCUUGAGACUUCGUGCAGUGAGAGAUGCUUUCUCUCACCAAUAAACCUUUUGCUUCAGGGUAUACUCUUGGGUUUUUCCAGGUAUAUUAUGUAUGACCUUUGUACUAUGUAUAGACAGAGUUUUAUUUAUUUUUAAAAAGGAAACCUUUUCUUGAUAAAGGAACGAUGGUAGCACAGCUAGUUCUUCUUGUAAAAGCGAUGCCUCCUUGAAAAAAGAAAAAAAUCCAGUCCUGCUAGCUUUUACUAAAAGAAUCCAAUCUUUUCUUUCCGUUACCUUAGAGUCUUAAUGCUAAGGUAAAUGUUGGAGGCAUAAGUGUGGAGCUAAGUGCCUUUUGGAGGAUCCCGUGGAAGAGCAUUUGAGGAGAUACUUAAGGAAGGUUGCAGAGACUUGACCAGUCUGUCUUUAAGUAAGGGCAGAAAGAAUGGUUGUCCAGGUUGUACUGGACACUUCCCCACUCUAUCUACCCCUCCUUCUUUUACAUGAUUUUAAAUCCCCACACUGCCACUUCUUUUUUAAAAACAUACCUGUUUCUUGCUUAGGUCAGCUGUCAUACCAGGUUGUCAUUAGAAUACGUUUUUGUUUUUCAACAUGAACAGAUUCAAGUGGGGUAAGAUUUGAACUGGUGUGUUUUUUGAGGGUGGGUGAGGGUUGGUUAGGUGUGGGCUGUGUGAAGGGGAGAAAUCUCACUUUUCUUCCCUCCCUUCUCUCAGCCCAUCCUGUGUGCUCCCUCUUUUUAACGGGAAUGUUUAGGAAACAAGUGCUCCUGCAAGCAGCCGGGCCUGCCUGAGUGCCCUUCUCCCACCCUGACCCAGCAUGAUGUUGGAAGGGAUAUGUUUGUGUGCGGAGCCGCACUCUUCAAUCUUGGUUGAAAGUGUGGAGUUAGAGCUGAUCAUGAUGGCAGGUGACAUUAGCACCACAGUCCACCAGCAUUGGAGCUGUCACGUUCACUUGUUCAUUUGCUCUGUAGUUUGUGAUGGCGUUCCCUGAAGAGACACGACAUGAGUGGCUCUUUCUGACAAGAUGCUUAUGUAUCACUGUCGUAGGGAAUACAGUUUUCCCUUCUAAGCAGGGAAAAUGCCUCGCUAAAUCACUUUGUAACUUUUUGAGUGAGAAACUUUUAGGUAAAGGUAAUUGAUGAUACAAUAUUUUUCAGAUACAUUUGUGUUGUUUGUGGGGAAAAAAGCGUAGAAAAAGAACGACAGUCAGGGUUUCUUAAACAAAAAGUAAGACUGAGAAAUUGUGGAUGUGACAUGUGACAAUAUACAAACGCUUAUUUAGUUUUAUACUACACCUUUUUUAAGGUCUUAGCAUUUAAUAUUCAGCAAACCCAUGCAUUUUCUAAACUACCAUGAGCUCCUGAAAGAUAAAGAGGAAACCUCAGUCCUAAGAUGUUGAUUUUUAAAAAAAUCAUGACAGCAUUUUACCAUGAAAUUGAGUAACUUUUGGUAACACCUUCCGUUUCUUUGUAUGUUUGUAAUAAUGGACAUUUUAAAACAUAGGAAUGUUUUGGUUUGUACAGACUUUGACAUAUGUGUGUUAAUAAAAAUUCAUAUUGACU